CACUGGCUAUAAAGCCUAACCAUACCGAACCUCUCAGACAGAAACCACAUGUGGAUCUGAGCACUGGGAGAGAGAGAGUGUAAAAGAGAGAGAGAAAGUGCAAGGGACAGACGUGGAGCCGAGCUGAGGGAGCCACGCAGACGUGGAUCUGAGAGGAGAGAGCAAGAAAGAGAGAACGAGAGAGAGAGACAAAUAGUAUCCUGAGAGGAUCUGAGAAACACAGUGGGACCUGACAUUCCUCAAUUUGGUUUCUCACCUAGAGAAAGGAAAGUUAAAACUCCAAAUGGAACUUUAAUGACAGAGGAACCACGCCAUACUGGAUUGCAUCGGAGUCAAAGGAUUUAGAGAGAGAUACUAAGGUAACACUUGUUACUUUUUUCCUGUGUGAUCAUUGAACUAUACAUGCAUGUCCAGGUGUCACAGCAGUAAACAAAGCCCCGAGUAGAGAUAGAGCUAGUUGACUGUUGGAACUGCAGAGCACAGUGACCAUGUCCUUCGCCAUGGUGCGGCCGGCGCCUAACCGGUACCUAUACUCAGACAUCUCCAUGUUGUCCGAGGACGAGGAGAAUGGAAGCGAAAGCUCGGGCUCGGACGACCGCUCCUUCAGGCUGGAUGCCAGAGGCUAUGACAUCAAAGUCGGGGGCCGCAAACGGAAGCCGGGCAGUGCUGGAGCAGGGCGUCUGGGAGGGGGUCAGCUCCCGCCUCAGAUGCUGCUCUCGCAGGACGGCUCCAUCUCUCCGACAACUGGGCUGCCGCGGCAGCGCAACGCAGCCAACGCGCGGGAACGGGACCGCACCAACAGCGUGAACACGGCCUUCACCGCCCUGCGGACCCUCAUCCCCACCGAGCCAGCCGACAGGAAGCUGUCUAAGAUCGAGACGCUGCGGCUGGCGUCCAGCUACAUCUCCCACCUGGGCAACGUGCUGCUGGUCGGGGAGACAUGCGGGGACGGGCAGCCAUGCCAUGCUGGAGCGACCUCCUCUGCCCACUAUUUACAUCAGCAUGGAUCCCCGGCCCACGACGCAGAGAACUCCCAGCCUAAACAGAUCUGCACAUUCUGCCUCAGCAACCAAAGGAAAGUGAGCAAAGACAGAGACAGGAAAACUGCUCUAAGAAGUUAAUAUCUGGAGGACGACAGAGGGAAGAAACUGACUUGAUGAGCACAACAUAUGAACCAGAACUGUGGACCAGAAACGUGACAUUCUUAAAGGUGUACAUAAAUCAAAACCUGUAUUUAAUUAUAACCCCCCCCCCCAAAAAAAAAAAUC